AUGCUGAGAGUAUUCAUCCUCCAUGCAGAAAAUGUGCAGACCCCAGACACCGACAUCAGCGAUUCGUACUGCUCGGUGGUCUUCCAGGGGGUUAAGAAGAAAACCAAAGUCAUCAAGAACAACUCGAACCCCAUCUGGAAUGAGGGCUUCGAGUGGGAUCUGAAGGGCGUUCCCCUGGACACUAAUGCAGAACUGUUUGCGGCUGUCAAGGACCAUGAGACCAUGGGGAGGAACCGAUUGCUGGGACAGACAAGGGUUCCCCUGCAAGAUUUAUUUCAUUCUCCCAACCUGACAGCGACAUAUAACUCUCCACUGGUGGACGCCAAGAAGAUGAGCACGGGGGCGACACUCACCUUGCAGAUUUCCUACUUCCCACCACCGGGGGCAGCACCUCUGUAUCCUCCACCAUCAACUGUACCGGCGGUGAGGGAGCCCACACCAUCUCUCAGUGAAAUGGAUACUGUUAGUCAGCUACAGUUUGAUACAACCAUGGAGGAGGACACAGAAGACCAGGCCGGCACCGCAGAUGAGGGGGAUACCACAUCCCUUAUGCCUGGACCAGAGCAGCCCGGCCUACCCAGAAAACCCAUGGCGGUGGUCCCUGUGCAGGGGGUGAGGAGAAGGAAGAGCACUCCAAAAAAACUGCUAUCUAAUAAACCUCAAGACUUCCAGGUUCGGGUUCGGGUAAUUGAGGGGAGGCAGCUACUCGGGGUCAACAUCAAACCUGUUGUGAAGGUGACGGUCGCUGGUCAGACCAAAAGAACGCGGAUACGGAAGGGGAACAGUCCAUACUUUGAUGAGACACUUUUCUUCAACUUUUUUGAGUCCCCGGCCGAGCUCUUCGAUGAACCGAUGUUCCUGACAGUCGUAGACUCCCGAUCCCAUAGAACCAGUUCUGUUAUUGGAGAAUUCCGGAUGGAUGUUGGGAUGAUUUAUGGAGAACCAAAACACGCCUUCUUGAGAAAGUGGCUGCUUCUCUCCGACUCUGAGGAUUUCACAGCUGGGGCAAAAGGCUAUUUAAAGGUCAGCAUGUUUGCCAUGGGCCCCGGUGAUGAAUGCCCGAUGGAAAAGAAGGAAUCUAUGGAGGAUAAAGAAGAUAUAGAAGGGAACCUGCUGCGUCCUGCCGGAGUGGCGCUCCGUGGGGCUCACCUGACGCUCAGAGUCUACCGCGCAGAAGAUCUGCCACAGAUGGACGACGCGAUUUUAGACAACGUCAAGCAGAUCUUCGGGAUGGACAGUAACAAGAAAAACCUAGUGGAUCCUUUCGUAGAAGUCAGUUUUGCAGGGAAGACAACCUGCAGUAAGAUUUUGGAAAAGAAUGCCAACCCUCAGUGGAACCAAAGCAUCACGUUACCCAUCAGGUUUCCAUCUAUGUGUGAGAAAAUGAGGAUCCGGCUCACAGACUGGGAUCGGCUCACUCAUAAUGACAUCAUUGGCACCACUUACCUGAGCAUGUCCAAGAUCUCCGCUCCUGGGGGGGAGCUAGAAGAUGAGACCACGGGAAAGCUGCCCACCGUUCUUAACUUUGACGACAGUCUGGGAUUCCUUCCAACCUUCGGACCCUGUUACGUGAACCUUUAUGGAAGCCCAAGAGAGUUUACCGGAUUCCCAGAUCCCUAUGAGGAGCUCAAUAUGGGGAAGGGAGAAGGAGUAGCCUAUCGGGGACGCGUCCUACUGGAACUGUCCACUAAGCUGGUGGAACAUACCGAGCAGAAGGUGGAGGACAUUUCCCCCGAUGACAUCUUACGAGUCGAGAAAUAUCUGCGCAGAAGGAAGUACUGCCUCUUCGCUGCCUUCUAUUCGGCGACCAUGCUCCAGGACGUGGAUGACGCCAUUCAGUUUGAAGUCAGCAUCGGGAACUACGGCAAUAAGUUUGACACCACCUGCUUACCCCUGGCCUCUACUACUCAGUACAGCAGAGCUGUAUUCGAUGGCUGUCAGUAUUACUACCUCCCAUGGGGCAAUGUAAAACCUGUGGUUGUUCUGUCUUCUCAUUGGGAAGAUAUCUGGUAUAGGACUGAUGCACAGAACAUUCUCCAUCAUGCAGUAGACAAUCUGGAAGCUAACAUGGAAAAGGUCCACCUCGCGGUUAAAGCCAAGUGUUCUCCAUAUGACCUGGACUUGUUGGUCAGUCGUCUGGUUGAUGCCAUCAUCAGUGACUGCAGCUAUCCUUUACCGGAUGUCCCAUCAAUACCUGGAACUACCCACCUGGACCUUUAUAUCUAUGUCCUCCGACGGUCUAACUUGAGCCAGAUCGUCCAGUCGGCGUUGAAGAUAAAGCACGAGGAAUGUGAGCUCAUGGUCGUGCUGGAGCAGGCGGAGGACUGGUUACUGAGACUAAAGUCUCUAGCUGAGGAGCCGCAGAACAGCUUGCCAGAUAUAGUGAUUUGGAUGUUACAAGGAGACAAGCGUGUGGCUUAUUACAGAAUACCAGCCCAUCAAGUCCUUUUCUCCAGGAACGGGGCCAAGUGUUGCGGCAAGCACUGCGGAAAACUUCAGACGAUAUUUCUUAAAUUUCCACAAGAAGGGAAUAAGGGAGCCAAGAUGCCCGGACAAGUGCGGGUGCAGCUGUGGUUCGGGCUGUCUGUGGACCAGAAGGAAUUCAAUCAGUUUGCACAGGGGAAGCUUUCUGUGUUCGCAGAAUCGUAUGAGAACCAAACCAAGCUGGCAUUAGUAGGAAACUGGGGGACCACUGGGCUGACAUAUCCCAAAUACACAGACGUGACGGGGAAGAUCAAGCUUCCGAAGGAUAGUUUCAAGCCCUCCAGUGGUUGGAUGUGGGCCGGAGACUGGUUCAUCAGCCCCGAGAAGACAUUGCUGUAUGACACAGACGCCGGUCACAUGAGCUUCGUGGAAGAAGUCUUUGAAAACCAGGCCAGACUUCCCGGUGGACAAUGGAUUCAUAUGACUGAAGCCUACACAGAUGUGAAUGGAGAAAAGGUUCUCCCUAAAGAUGAGAUCGAAUGUCCUCCUGGGUGGAACUGGGAAGAUGAGGAAUGGACAACGGAUAUUAACCGAGCCGUGGAUGAGCAGGGCUGGGAGUACGGCAUCACCAUCCCCCCGGACCGCAGACCCAAAUCCUGGGUUCCUACAGAAAAGAUGUAUAACACCAACCGGAGGAAGCGCUGGGUCAGACUGCGCCGGAGGGACCCCAAGCAAAUCGAGAUUUUGAAAAAGCACAAGCCGGACGAGUCAGAGAGCGAGGGCUGGGAAUAUGCCUCUCUCUUUGGAUGGCGUUUUCAUCUACAAUAUCGAAAGACAGACAGCUUCCGCCGGCGAAGAUGGAGGAGACGGAUGGAGCCCCUGGAACAGACGGGAGCCGUGGCUGUUUUUGCCUUAGAGGGGUCUCUGGGUGGAGUCACAGAUGACAAAAGUGAUGAUGGAAGAACUACAAGUACUCUGAGCCUAGGAGUGAACCGCCCCACAAUAUCCUGCAUUUUUGAUUAUGGGAACCGAUACCAUCUACGCUGCUAUCUCUACCAAGCCCGGAACCUGAUUCCUAUGGACAAAGACAGUUUUUCAGACCCAUAUGCCAUUGUAUCCUUCCUGCAUCAAAGCCAGAAGACUGUGGUUGGAAAAAGCACUUUAAAUCCAACCUGGGACCAGACCCUGAUCUUCCAUGAAAUCGAAAUUUUUGGGGACCCUGCCUUUGUGGCUGAAGCUCCACCCAAUAUUGUGGUGGAAAUUUAUGAUCAUGACACCUACGGAGCUGAUGAAUUCAUGGGACGUUGUAUCUGUAAACCAAGUCUGCAACGUUCUCCAAGGCUGUCCUGGUAUCCAGUCAUGAUGGGAGAGAAGUCCACGGGAGAAUUGCUCGCUGCCUUUGAGCUCAUCCAAAGAGAAAAGCCCGCUCUGCAUCACAUCCCAGGACUUGAGGGAGACAUCUCUGGUGUUCUUGGGGAGCUACUUGUUCCUCGGUUCUUCACGGAGAAGCUUCUAGACUGGACAGCAGAAAAAGAUGCAGAUCUGCCGUAUCCUCCUCCUCAGAAAAGCGCCAACGUCUACAUGAUUCCCCAAGGUAUAAAACCUGUUCUGCAGAGGACCGCCAUAGAGGUUCUGGCAUGGGGUCUGAGGAACCUUAAGAGCUACCAGCUGGCCAGCGUGACAUCCCCCAGCCUCAUUGUGGAGUGUGGCGAUGAAAUGAUCCAGUCUUGUGUUAUUAAAAACGUCAAAAAGAAUCCCACCUUUGAUGUGUGCGUCCUCUUCAUGGAAGUGAGACUGCCCAGAGAAGACCUGUACUGUCCGCCCAUUAUUGUGAAGGUGAUCGACAAUCGGCAAUUUGGACGGAAGCCUAUAGUGGGACAAUGUACCAUUAACUCGCUGGAGGAGUUUCACUGUGACCCCAGUGUGGAGGAGGGAGAUAUAGAAGAAGGAAUGGCAGAUGAUGUGAGUAUUACCCCUCGGGAUGAAAUCCUCAUCGAUAUUGAUGACAAAGAACCAUUGAUCCCGACUCAGCUCUCAGACGGUGUGAGCGGCUCCGCCAUUAUUAACAUGUCGUCUUCUCACUCCAGCCUCCAUAAGAUCCUCUGGGAAGAAGAAUUCAUUGACUGGUGGAGUAAAUUCUAUGCAUCCAUUGGGGAAAAGGACAAGUGUGGGACCUACUUGGAAAAAGGCUUUGACACCCUUCAGGUGCUGGACACUGAGUUGGAGAACAUAGACGACUAUGAGGGGCUCUCGGACUUCUGUCGUACAUUCAAGCUGUAUAGAGGCAGAACACAAGAUGAGGCUGAAGACCCUUCAGUAGUCGGAGAAUUUAAGGGCUCCUUUAAAAUAUAUUCUCUUCCUGAUGAUCCAUCAGUUCCCGUCCCUCCUCGACAAUUCCGUCAGCUCCCAGCAAAAGGGCUUCAGGAAUGUGUGGUCAGGGUCUAUAUUGUCCGAGCAUUUGGUCUGCAACCCAAGGACGCCAAUGGCAAGUGUGACCCCUACGUGAAGAUAUCUAUUGGCAAAAAGUCCAUCAGCGACCAGGAGAAUUAUAUCCCUUGCACUUUAGAGCCAGUUUUUGGAAAGAUGUUUGAGCUGACCUGCACUUUGCCCUUGGAGAAAGACCUGAAGAUCACCCUCUACGACUAUGACAUGAUGUCGAAGGAUGAGAAGAUUGGGGAGACUGUGAUAGAUCUAGAGAAUCGUUUUCUUUCCAAAUAUGGGGCUCGAUGCGGCAUACCACAAACAUAUUGCAUCUCUGGACCUAACCAGUGGAGGGAUCAACUCCGGCCUUCCCAGCUACUUCAUCAUUUUGCCAAACAACGCAACCACAAACCUCCAGUCUACAAGAACAACAAGAUUUCCUUCCACAAUCAUGAGUACAGCCUUCUGGACCUUGAGGACAGUAAAUACUCGAAUCCACAUCUGGGACCCCCUGAAGAACGUCUCGCCCUACAUGUCCUGCGGAAGCAGGCCCUUGUGUAUGAACAUGUCGAGACAAGAAGCCUAUACAGCCCCCUUCAGCCUGAUAUAGAACAGGGAAAACUACAGAUGUGGGUGGACAUAUUUCCCAAGUCAUUUGGACCACCGGGUCCGCCAUUUAAUAUAACACCAAGAAAGGCAAAAAGGUUCUACUUACGUUGCAUUAUUUGGAACACAAAAGACGUUAUCCUGGAUGAUGUAAGCGUCACUGGAGAGAAGAUGAGUGAUAUAUAUGUGAAGAGCUGGCUGAUAGGCCAUGAGGAAAAUAAACAGAAAACAGAUGUGCACUACAGGUCUAUGGGAGGUGAAGGGAAUUUUAACUGGCGGUUCGUGUUCCCUUUUGAUUAUCUUCCUGCGGAGCAGGUCUGCUCAGUGUCUAAGAAGGAACAUUUCUGGAGCGCGGACAAGACUGAGGAUAAAAUCCCCCCUAACCUCAUCCUACAGAUAUGGGACAAUGACAAAUUCUCCUUUGAUGACUAUUUAGGUUCUGUACAGCUGGAUCUGAACCGGAUGCCAAAACCUGCAAAAACAGCCGAAAAAUGUAGCCUGGACCUGCUGGACGAGUCCAUUUAUGAUGGCAAGCUUGUGUCUCUGUUCGAGCAGAAGACAGUGAAGGGCUGGUGGCCCUGUGCGGGUGUGCAGGGUGACGAGAAGAUUCUCGCUGGGAAGAUAGAAAUGACCUUAGAGAUCAUCAGCGAGCAAGACAAUGAAGAACGGCCAGCUGGCCAUGGCCGAGAUGAACCAAAUAUGAACCCCAGGCUAGAGGACCCCAAGCGCCCAGAGACGUCAUUCUUUUGGUUUACAUCUCCAUACAAGACCCUGAAGUAUAUUCUGUGGAGACGAUACAGAUGUCUCAUCCUUGUCUUCCUUAUUGCCUUCAUCCUGCUGCUGUUCCUCGGAAUCUUCCUCUACUCGUUCCCGAACUAUGCUGCUAUGAAACUGGUGAAGCCAUACAGUUAACCUACUGGAAGACGAGCACGUGCUGAACACUACUGUGUACAAUCUGAAAUCUGAUACCUGGACAUCAUAUGCGCCUGCUGUGCGGAAUGUAUUAUAGACACAACCCCACCCUACUGUGCUAUCAGUAUUUAUAUGUAAGGUCCAUCUAGAUCACACACUAUUGUUAUACGGGUCAACCACCUUAGCAGUCUAUAUAGGUGGGGCUGGGAUGAAUGCAGUGUACACGGGCAUACACAUCAUCCUCAACUCCAUGAAACUCAUAGUUUAGAGUGAAUUUUAUUGAAUUUAUUGAAAUGGCAAAACUAGACAUAGCUAUGCAUGGGGAAGUGCAGAUGGAAGCUUCUGGGCCUUGUUGGAAAGCUUGAACUAUGGACCAUCAUCUAUCUAGCAUGGUUUAUCAUUGGGUCUUCUCCAACCCUCAGCGCUAUGCAACUACUCCGCCAUGGAUCUAUGGUUAAGAUCCUGUAAAAAAUGUGUAUCUUCAAGUUGAGGUCAUCUCCGACCUUGACCUUCUUAAAAAUAGGUGUGAAACAAUAUUUGUAGCUGCAACCAGGAAGGUGGGAAAAUGGCAGAGCCCACGGUGGAACCUUAGUUGUUGUAGCUUUGCGGGCUCCAGAUCUCCACCAAGGUUCCCACCAUGGGAUACUAGAAGAAUGAUCUUAACCACGUAUGGAUCUUGCAGUAAAUGAGAGGGAUCCAAAGGCCGAUGUAGACCAUUGAGGAUUAUGACUGAUAGGAAUAUGAAAAGUCACCUGACUUUAAGGGGUACUCUGCCACUAGACAUCUUAUCCCCUAUCCAAAGGAUAGGGGAUAAGAUGUCUGAUCUUCGGGGUCCCGCGGCUGGGAAUCCCCGCGAUCUCCCUGCUGCACCCGGUGUUCAUUUAGAGCAUCGGGUGUAGGCCCUGAGGCUCGUGACUUCACGGUCAUGCCCACACUCCCAUAGACUUGCAUUGAGGGGGCGCGGCGGUGAUGUCACGAUCGGUGUGUGACCGUGAUGUUUUGAGCCUCCACCCAGCUGAGAUCACGAGGGACCCCAGCAGCAGGACCCCCCCCCCCCCCC